AUGGAAAAAACAACAACUAAUGUUCAACAAGAAACAGUUUCUGUAAUAAAUGAGAACGAUGAAAUAGCAUGUGAAUCAUCAAUAUUACCUCCCUCAUAUACUGUUGGUGAUCUUCAGCAGAAUCUUGGAUCAAAUACUGUAGGUAUUAUUGGAGGAACAAAUCCUGAUGAAGAUGAAAAAAUUAUUCAAAAUAUUCUUCGUAUGAUAAAAGGACAUGAACGACGACAAUUAUGGUGGAAUUUAUUUUCUUUUUUGUUCAUAUUACUUUUACUUCCACCCGUUAUAUUUCUUAUAUUUAUGCCGAUUUGUAUGUACAAAAAGCGCAUGUCAGGAAUGAAUCAGAUAGUUAAAAGUGGUAUUCGUUAUAUGAUUCGUUUGGAAGGUGAUCAAUGGAUAAGAUAUGUUCAACAUAUUAAUAAUGAGUCGAAACGAAAAAUGAAUAAAUCAUCUAGGAAAGAACUCUUAUCUCGUAGUUAUGGUCAUAUACUUAUUGGAACAGACGGAUUUUUUCUUGAUUCAAUGUUAGGUAUGCAAUAUGAAAAUAUAAUGAUUGUACGUACAGAAAUUAUUCAAGCACCAAAUAAGAUUGAUAUGAUGUUACGCGCAUGGUUUUGUCAACGUUUAGUUGUUAUUAGAACACAAAAUGGUCAGACGAAUGGAGCUGUAAACAAUGAUCCAUUUAAGUUUGAUAUUUUUCUGCCAUUAAAUAUGUCUACUGAAUUAGUUUCAUCAAUUACAAAUUUUAUGAAGCUUGAAUCAGUAUGUCGACCGAAUUUCAUUCUUUAA